AUGGGCUAUUCAAGCUCAACACCAUUAGUUUCAUCCAGUACAAAUGCAGAUACCAAUGUCGGUUUAUAUGCUGCGCAUCUGCCACCUGUGACACAUAUGCCACCAAUUACACCUUCAGUUCCAUCCAGUGCAAAUGAAGGGACUCAUGAAGGCAGCCGAUCUCGGAAGAGAAAAGAGUCCUCAAACAAAGGCCAUGUGUGGCAGUACUUUACCAGGUUCGUCAAUGGAACAAAGUCCAUUCUUUGGUUCCAAGACUUUCAGAAGCUCAUGGGUUCUGGUUAUCUGAUUCUGCUACUGAUCAUCAAUACACUGGCUUAUUUCUCUACUGGUAGGCCUGACAGAGUGUGCAUUUCCCAAGGUGGUCGUUUUCCUCCAUUCUCUUCUGAGGGGAAGCCUCCAAAACGGGUCAGCAAGGGACACAAAGACCUGACCCUUUGCAGGGUAUUCCGCCAAAACACUUGUUGUGAUGUAUCCCAGACACAUCCUGCACUGCUCGCCAUUAGGAAGUUGGCUUCGGCAGGGGAAGCUAACUCAGAGUGCUUGCAAUUAUGGGAGUUGUUGGAAUGUUCUAAUCCCCGCAUUGGUGUGCAGCCAGGACCUCCAGCUAUAUGUGCCUCUUUCUGUGACAGUAUCUUUAAUGCUUGUUCUGGGGCUUACUAAACAGAUGCAAUAACACAGGUUCUAGCACCCUGUGGAGUGAACAAUUAUGUUUGUGGUAGGGCUUCUGAGUGGAGUCAUAAUGGCACAGAAUUUUGCCAUGCCGCAGGGUUUGCUGUCAACACUGUUAAGUCUGAGAGCCUAGAUGAAACAUUUUGCUAUGGUGGUAAAGCUAGUCUUACUUUGAUUGCGGCUUCAUGGGAGGUUUCACAAUCUGAGAUGCCCCAUAAAGUUGGAAGCUUGAGGUUGCUAGAGGACUUCAAGAAGAGAGUGAGGGAAAUGCCAUAUACUGAACGAGUUUCCUGGGCUGUUGGAGGAUUGGUUCUUACUGCAGGCCUGUUGUUUUCACUAUCCAGAGUUAAGGUUCAUUCUGAAGUUUCAGAGUGA